AUGGGGUCGUGGAUGUCGUCGUCCUACUUCGGUGGUGGAUCGGAGAGGUUAGCGACGAACGCGGAUGGUAUGGAGAUGGGAUAUGCUGCGGAAGUAGGCUAUGGUGUGGAGGUGGGAUAUGCUGCGGAGUUGGAGAUGAGUUAUGCUGCGGAGGUGAGACAGAGAAGCUUCACGAAGAACUAGGAGCAAACAGAUCCUUAAGAUCAGGCUGUCUUUCUUGUAGUCGUAUGUGCAUGAAGUUGGAUCACAGGCUGCCGUUAUGAACAAAACAAAUCCUGCGAGGAUUCUGAUUGCUUCUUCAUUUACAGAGACUCUGAUUCAUUGCUUGACGGUCGAUUCCUGCUCGAAAAUCAAAAAUAGUCUAGAAGUACUCGCGGUCUAAUAUUUCCGGAGUUCUUUGUUAUAUUUUAAGAGUUACUUCUUUGUGUUACUUUUUCUUGAACUGCUCAUCGAUCGCACAGGUCAACUCUCUAAGCAGGAUACAUAGCUGGAGCUCUAGCAAGAAAAUGUUUGUGGAAUCGCGAUUCCAAUGACGUAACAAAGUGGCUGUGCGCAAUGCCGAGUAAAGAAAGUACCAUUACGGCUUGAUGUAAUUCAUUUCGACAGCAUGUCGCUUUUCACUGUGUCCUUCUCCGGAUACUGAAUGA